GUCAGGGGCGCGGGCGGCGAUGCCCGAGCGCGCCCGGGGGCCGCCGAUCGGAGGCCGCCGCAGCUGGGGCGCGUCGCUCGGGAGCGGACUGCGGGACGGGGGCCGGCGCCGCUGAGCAGCCGGGAGCCGCGGCGGCCGCGAGGUCGGGUGCGCCCGCAUCCCUCCCCCAGCCGGGCCAGCAGCAGCCCCGGGCGCGCCCCGCGCGCAGCUCGCCGGGCCGGGCGCCCGGGAAGAUGGAGCCGGGAGCGGGGGCUCGGCGGCCGGCCGCCCCGGGGCCGUGCGGGGCUCGGGUGGCGCGCGGCGGGGGCGCCUCCUCCUGGCCGCCGCUGGCCGCCCACCACUGGCUGCUGAGCUACGGCUUCCUCUACCUGGCGCUCUACGCCCAGGUGUCCCAGUCCAAGCCCUGCGAGAGGACCGGCUCCUGCUUUUCGGGUCGCUGUGUCAACUCCACCUGCCUGUGCGACCCGGGCUGGGUCGGGGACCAGUGCCAGCACUGCCAGGGCAGGUUCAAGUUAACAGAACCUUCCGGGUAUUUAACAGACGGCCCGAUUAACUAUAAAUAUAAAACCAAGUGUACAUGGCUGAUUGAAGGCUAUCCAAAUGCAGUGCUCAGGUUAAGGUUCAACCAUUUCGCUACGGAAUGCAGCUGGGACCACAUGUAUGUGUACGAUGGGGACUCCAUAUAUGCACCGCUAGUUGCUGUGCUCAGUGGCUUGAUUGUGCCCGAAGUGCGGGGCAACGAGACGGUGCCUGAGGUUGUCACGACAUCUGGCUACGCGCUGCUGCACUUCUUCAGCGACGCUGCGUACAACCUGACCGGCUUCAACAUCUUCUAUUCACUCAAUUCUUGUCCUAACAACUGCUCUGGCCAUGGGAAGUGUACAACAAGCGUCUCUGCUGCGAGUCAAGUGUACUGUGAGUGUGACAAGUACUGGAAAGGUGAAGCGUGCGACAUCCCUUACUGUAGAGCCAACUGUGGCAGCCCAGACCACGGCUACUGCGACCUCACGGGAGAGAAGCUGUGUGUCUGCAAUGACAGUUGGCAAGGUCCAGAUUGUUCUCUGAAUGUUCCUUCUACCGAGUCUUACUGGAUUUUGCCAAAUGUUAAACCCUUCAGCCCCUCUGUGGGUCGUGCCUCACAUAAAGCAGUUUUACACGGGAAAUCUAUGUGGGUCAUCGGAGGCUACGCUUUCAACUACAGCUCUUUUCAAAUGGUUCUGAAUUACAAUUUAGAAAGCAGUAUAUGGAAUGUAGGCACUGUCUCGAGAGGACCUCUUCAGAGAUACGGACAUUCUCUCGCUCUCUAUCAGGAGAACAUCUUUAUGUAUGGAGGCAGAAUUGAGACUAGCGACGGCAACGUCACGGAUGAGCUCUGGGUCUUCAACAUACCCAGCCAGUCCUGGAGCACGAAGACCCCCACCGUGGUCGGGCACGGCCAGCAGUACGCCGUGGAGGGCCACUCGGCGCACAUCCUGGAGCUGGACAGCAGGGACGCCGUCAUGAUCGUGAUAUUUGGGUACUCGGCGCUCUACGGCUACACCAGCAGCGUACAGGAGUACCAUAUCCCAUCAAACACUUGGCUAGUUCCGGAAACUACAGGAGCGAUUGUCCAAGGUGGAUAUGGCCACACAAGUGUGUAUGAUGAAGUAACCAAGUCCAUUUAUGUCCAUGGAGGCUACAAAGCAUUGCCAGGCAAUAAAUAUGGGCUGGUGGAUGACCUCUAUAAGUAUGAGGUGAACACCAAGACCUGGACUAUUUUGAAAGAAAGUGGGUUUGCCAGAUACCUUCAUUCAGCUGUUCUUAUCAAUGGAGCUAUGCUUAUUUUUGGAGGAAAUACCCAUAAUGAUACUUCCUUGAGUAACGGUGCAAAAUGUUUUUCUGCCGAUUUCCUGGCAUAUGACAUAGCUUGUGAUGAAUGGAGAACAUUACCUAAACCAAAUCUUCACAGAGAUGUCAACAGAUUUGGACAUUCCGCAGUGGUCAUCAAUGGGUCAAUGUAUAUAUUUGGUGGAUUUUCUAGCGUACUCCUUAAUGAUAUUCUUGUAUACAAACCUCCAAAUUGCAAAGCUUUCCGAGAUGAAGAGCUCUGUAGAAAUGCUGGCCCAGGGAUAAAAUGUGUUUGGAAUAAGAAUCAGUGUGAACCUUGGGAGUCUGGGAAUGCAAACAGUAUUCUCAGAGCCAAGUGCCCUCCCAAGACAGCUGCUUCUGAUGACAGAUGUUACAGAUACGCCGACUGUGCCAGCUGCACCGCCAAUACCAAUGGCUGUCAGUGGUGUGACGGCAAGAAGUGCAUCUCUGCAAGCAGUAACUGCAGCCUGCCUGUCAGAAACUACACCAAAUGUCAUAUAGGAAACGAGCAGAUUUGUAACAAGCUCACAAGCUGUAAAAGCUGUUCACUGAACUUGAACUGCCAGUGGGAUCAACGGCAGCAAGAAUGCCAGGCUUUGCCAGCUCACCUUUGUGGAGAAGGCUGGAACCAUGUUGGGGAUGCUUGUCUUCGAAUCAAUUCCAGCAGAGAAAGUUAUGACAAUGCCAAGCUCUAUUGCUAUAAUCUCGGUGGAAACCUUGCUUCCCUGACAACUUCCAAGGAGGUAGAGUUUGUGUUGGAUGAAAUACAGAAGUACACACAACAGAAGGUGUCGCCGUGGGUGGGUCUGCGCAAGAUCAACAUCUCGUACUGGGGCUGGGAGGACAUGUCCCCCUUCACCAACACCAGCCUGCAGUGGCUUCCGGGGGAGCCCAACGACUCCGGCUUCUGUGCCUACCUACAGAGGGCUGCAGUGGCGGGGCUCAGAGCCAACCCUUGCACGGCCAUGGCGGACGGCCUUGUCUGUGAAAAGCCUGUUGUCAGUCCGAAUCAGAAUGCAAGGCCAUGCAAGAAGCCGUGUUCCCUGAGGACGUCCUGUUCCAACUGCACCAGCAAUGGCAUGGAGUGUAUGUGGUGCGGCAGCACCAAGCGCUGCGUGGACUCCAACGCGUACAUCAUCUCCUUCCCCUACGGACAGUGCCUCGAGUGGCAGACCGCCACCUGCUCGCCUCAAAAUUGCUCCGGAUUAAGAACCUGUGGACAGUGCUUGGGGCAGCCUGGAUGCGGCUGGUGCAAUGACCCUAGUAACACAGGAAGAGGGCGCUGCAUUGAAGGCUCCUCACGGGGGCCGGUGAAGCUUGGUGGAACUCACAGCAGCGACGUGGCUCUCGACCCCAGUCUUUGCCCCAAAGAAAAGAACUAUGAGUGGUCCUUUAUCCAGUGUCCAGCUUGCCAGUGUAACGGACACAGCACGUGCGUCAGCAGCAACGUGUGUGAGCAGUGCAGGAACCUCACCACCGGGAAGCAGUGCCAGGACUGCAUGCCAGGGUACUACGGAGACCCGACCAACGGCGGCCAGUGCACAGCCUGCACAUGCGGUGGCCAUGCAAACAUCUGUCACGUGCACACAGGAAAAUGCUUCUGCACUACCAAAGGGAUAAAAGGUGACCAAUGUCAGCUAUGUGACUCUGAAAAUCGCUAUGUUGGUAAUCCACUUAGAGGGACAUGCUAUUACAGCCUCUUGAUUGACUACCAGUUUACCUUCAGCCUGCUGCAGGAGGAUGACCGCCACCACACCGCCAUCAACUUCAUCGCAAACCCAGAGCAGUCGAACAAGAAUUUGGACAUUUCGAUUAAUGCUUCUAACAACUUUAAUCUCAACAUCACAUGGUCGGUUGGCUCAACAGGUGGGACAAUAUCUGGGGAAGAGACUCCCAUAGUCUCUAAGACCAAUAUAAAGGAAUACAGAGAUAGCUUCUCCUAUGAGAAAUUUAACUUCAGAAGCAAUCCCAACAUCACAUUUUACGUGUAUGUCAGCAACUUUUCCUGGCCGGUUAAAAUACAGAUUGCAUUUUCACAACACAAUACAAUCAUGGACCUUGUGCAGUUUUUUGUCACCUUCUUCAGUUGUUUUCUAUCCUUGCUGCUUGUGGCUGCUGUGGUCUGGAAGAUCAAACAGACUUGCUGGGCUUCCCGCCGGAGAGAGCAACUGCUUCGAGAACGCCAGCAGAUGGCCAGCCGGCCCUUCGCUUCUGUUGAUGUGGCGCUGGAGGUGGGAGCCGAGCCUACGGACUUUCUUCGAGGGCCACUAGAGGGUGCACCCAAGCCAAUAGCCAUCGAACCCUGUGCUGGGAACAGAGCUGCUGUCCUGACUGUGUUUCUCUGCCUCCCUAGAGGAUCGUCAGGUGCCCCGCCCCCGGGGCAGUCAGGCCUCGCUAUCGCCAGCGCCCUGGUAGACAUUUCGCAGCAGAAGCCUUCUGAUAGCAAGGACAAGCCUUCCGGCGUGCGCAACCGGAAGCACCUGUCCACACGUCAAGGAACUUGUGUCUGAGGACGGAAACUGCGUCUGUGCUGUGUGCUGGUUUACUUCACCAUGGCUUCCGUUAAAGCUGUUCUGUGGCCUUGGGUCUUACAGAGGACAAUGUCCUAGGAGCCAGGGCCAGGUACAGUCCCCUCUAAGCAGGCAAUGUCCCAAGUGGCCAGAGAGUGCCAGUGAGUUUUUUCUAAGUAACAGUAUUGAGGACCACACAUGUGACGUCAGUUUCUAUGGCUCUUAGGUGGAGAGCUAGCAUAACUUACUAUGGGAAAAGAUGUAUAUUGUUUCUUAAUGCAGAUGGAAAUAUGUAAUUCAUAUAAAUCAACUGUUUAUAUCCCAAGACUUUAAAGAAAGACAUUUUAUAAUGCUUGAAGGAUGAGAAGUGUACAGUUUUUGCCUCAUUAGCAAACUUAGGUCAUUUGCAUAUGAGUUGGAAAUGAACAAGCCAUGGCAGCUGUAAUUGCUGUUUUAUCUCAUCAUAAAUAUGAAAUCAAGGGGCUUACUUGGUAGGCUGUGGAUCAUGUGUUUAAAUUCCACACAUGGCCACACGAAGUCCAGAGUCAGUUGGAGAAUGUAACUGUGCAACUAAUGGGAACCCAGGGCAGAGGGUCCACUGGACGUGUGCACCUGUCGGGACAGGAGGUGUGUCAGAACUCUGAGCAUGGUGGCCGAGCACUGAGGAGGCUGCCUGCCAAGCAGGGUCCCCUCUUCCACGAAGAGCCUCCAGCCUGACAGCCAGAAGAGAGCCCACUGCCACUCGGUAGCAGUGCCUCUGGUCCUACGGUGAUGCCUUGGUUGCCUGGGAACCAGCAAGCCAGGCGUGUGUUUCUCUGGGUCUUCACCAGAACAUGCCAUUUUCUUCCAGCUUUCUUCUGUUUACCGGUUACCUUUCACAGGUGUAACAAAUGUACUUUAAAGGUAACACUUCCCGUGUCCUGCUGCCUACCAACCUCUUCCUGCAGAAUGCAGGCAAGGGCAAGAGCUGGGCCCAGCAGCAGCAACAAGGCCCCUCCUCCAACAUCGUCACUUGGUGCUGUGGGAAGUCGACAGACUGCGAACAUGGUCACUGCUGGCCACAUUCAAAACAUCCCUCCAGACACAGGCCCUGAGUAACAGCAGAAGGAAGAACGUGACGGCCCGCACAUGGAACCCUGGUCAUUGGGUCCUGUUAUCGACAGCAGCUCACUGAAGUUCAGUCUGGAGUGGCCCGGGUUGACAUCAGGUGAUGACAGGAAACAGAAGAGCAAUGCAGAAGAUUCUCAAAGCAGUGGCACACUCUGUAGUUCUGUUGAACAUGAAAGACACAUCUAACCAAUGUUACGUACUGGUACUGUAUGCAUACUUUUCAUGUUCUCUGGAAUUCAGGAAGAUAAUGACACUCUACAGUCAAGGCCUAGUUACUUGCAUGCCAUGCUUGUACAGUAGCAGGAUAUGACCCUAUUGCAAUACUGAAUAUUUAUUUCAAAUGCCAUGUAUACAUAGCUUAAUUUGAUGAGGACUGAGUGUAGUACGUAACAGAAAUGACCACAGAAUAUGUAGCUGCAUCUUAUAAAACAUAGUUAGGUUGCAUCAAACCAUGACUCUUAUUUUGAUAACUAGCCUUUUGAAUAUAGUAUAUAUCCAUACGUUGGCAUGAUAAUUCUUCUCUAUUUUCCAUGCACUCAAAAUCAGAUGAAUUUGUAGAAUAGUCUUAGGAAUUUUCUCUACCGCCUGUGGGGUUUGGGUGGGAGGGGCUGGUUGCUGCCACUUCCCAGGACAUUUUCUCUCAGAAACCCAGUUGAGCAGGAUUUGUAAACGUCUCCUAAAAACAGUCAAGUAAUUUGAUCAACAUCUUUUGGACAUUUCACAUGUUUAGUUUCCCACAAAAUAAUAGUUUGGCAAAACGGGUCACUAUAAAGAAAGGGUUAUCUGAAGAUAAAGCAGUUGCUCAGCUGUGCAAUCCCCAACAGUUGUCAGUGGAGAAGCUCGUACAAGGAAGGUGCCCAGUUAGUGCAGUUUCGCAGCACCGCCCGUGUGCAGGGGCCGUCCAGUCUACUGCGAAUCCCACUGGGUUCUCCAAACUUGAAAUUUUGAAUUUUAGAGAUUUAUGGAAUUACACAACAUCACACUUGACCAUUAACUCUGUGGCCAGUUAUGCAAUGUAUUCUCAGCGUAUACAGCUUUUCACUGGAAAUAAAAUUCUUCACCCCCAGGUGAAGUGAACCAAAAA